AAAAAAAAAAGAAAAAAGUUUUAGGGUCAUAUUAUCAUAUAAUUGGGUCAUCAUUAGUUCUUCUCAUCAAACAACAGUCCCGGCACUGGGCCUCAUGGUUUAGGCUCGUGCACCUGGUUUUGGGAUAUGGGGUUUCCAACGAGUUUGCACGUCCCUCACUUUCUCUGUCUAAAAAACCAGGAACCCACACUCUCUCUCUUCACCACAACUCACAAAGGGCAGCUCAAAAGGUCAGUGAGGGUCACUUGUUUGGACCCCAUGAACCAGGAUAAAUGCAUGCUCAUGAAGAAGAGAGCCCUUCUUCUUUUGGGAAUCUCAGCUUUGCCUUUCUUGGAGUCCAGUGCAACAGCAAUUGAAGCUACAGUGACAGAGAAACUGGAGACUUGCACUGCAGAGGUAUCAGUGUUUGACCAACCAGAAAACAGAGGAGAAAUUCCAGUUUUGCAGGAGAAUGGAACUGGAGAGAAAAUCAAGCAACGAUUGGCAUCAGGAAAUGCAUUCGUGGGUCUCCUGAAUGAUGUUGGAAUAGUUGGAUCAGGAAUUCUUGGUGCUUUAUAUGCAUUGGCACAGAAAGAAAAAAAGACAACUGAAUCUACUAUUGAAGCUCUGAGGGCUAAAGUAAGGGAUAAGGAAUGGGCCUUAACUACUAUGGAGAAGCAAGUUGAGAGAAGGUUACUAGAGGAACAAGAGAGAAGUAAUCAGAAGAUCCGAGAAUUUAAGGAAGAACAGCUUUCUCUCUCUAAUAAAUUGGCUUCGGCAAACCAGACGGUGGCAGACUUGCGACGAGACUUGGGUAGAGAGAGAAACUCCAUCCAAGAUCUUCAGCUCCAAGUAGAAUCACUCCAAAUCAACACAGCACAAGCCAGACGAGAAAAAGGAAUGCUUGAGUCCAAACUUGAGGAGGCCCAAAACAAAAUAAGUGAUUUACAGGAUAGGACUCAGUUAUUGAGUGCAGAACUGCAAGACAAAAAUAAAAAUAUCAACAAUUUGAACAUGUCCAUGGUCAGGAAGGAAUCAGAACUUAAGGACCUGAGUCUUACAUAUGAAGAAACCAGAACUUUUCUUGCAAAAUUGAACUCCGAAAUCCUAGGUUUAAAGAACCAACUUUCAGUUUCCAAGAAGGAAUUAGACACAAAAACCUCAUCGAUUGAAGCCCUAAACCAGAGCCUAAAGAUGGCCACUGCUGAAAGAGAUGACUUGAAAAAUAAAAUCUCAAAUUUGGACCAUGAAUACAAGAAGUUCAAGUCAUCCUCUGAAGAAAAGAUAGCAGCUGAUUCCAAGCUUAUAUCACAAAAAGAAGACGAAAUUCUGGAGCUGAGAGAACAAUUGGAGCAGGCCACAAGACAAUCUGCUAAAUAUCAUGGGUUGGUUGAUGAGUUAACAGCAGAAAGAGAUGGCCUAAAUGCCGGUUUAGAGAGAGAAAUAGACACUGUAAAAAGCUUAAGGAGUGAGCUCUUGACAACCCAAGAGACCCUAGAAUCCUCCAAGCUUGAGACUGAGAGCGUGCGAUCUGAGCUGGAGAAGUCGACGAAGGCACUAGAAAUGCUUUACUCAGAUGUUUCAAAGUUUAGAACAGAGUUCUCAGAAGACCGAAAAGUCCUGCAAAAAAGUCUGGAAGGUGAGAAAUUGGCUUUUAAAGCACUCUCUGAAGAGCUUGUUGCUUUAAGAAAAACACAGAAAAAAACCCAAGAAGAGCUUUUAACCACUACUGAAAAACUGAAAUCCUCAACUAAAACAAGCGAAAAGGUUUGUAAAGAGCUCCUGGAGGCCCAAAAGAGUACAGAAGCAGCCAUAAAUGAUGUGAGAGAAGAAAGAAAGAUUGUGAAGUCUCUUAAUAGGGAACUAGAGAUCUCAAAGAAACAGGUUUUAGAAGCCUUGGAAGCCCGAAAGGCCCUCGAAAAGAGCUUAAAUGAGGCAGGUGAGUCCUUGGUAGCCAUAAAUGAGAAUGUUCUCUCUCUUUCUAUAGAGUUAGAGGCCUCAGCAGCUAGAAAUGACAGUUUAGAGUCCGAAAAAGAUUUGGUAUAUAAAUCUCUCAUUGAGCAAAAGAAGGUGGCGAAAGAAGCGCAAGAAAAUGCAGAGGAUGUACAUAAUAUGUUGCUUAGGAUUGGAAAAGAGAGAGAGACACUUUCAAAGAGAGCUAAGAAACUUGAAGAAGAGAUGGCUUCAGCAAAAGGAGAGAUAUUGAGACUAAGAAGACAGUUAGUGGAUGGCCAACACCAGUUGAAGAGCAGUGAGAAAGAGGGGGUGGGGCCCACUACCUCAAAGAAGACAGUUAGGAGGAGGAAGGCGGGACCCACUUUAGAAGUUUCAUAAUAUGCAUGUUGUCCUUGUAGUUUAAGCUUCUGAUUUUUAAUCACAAAAAAAAUGAUGAAAAAAGGAAGAGAGCCCAUGAUAUUUUGUCUUCCUUUUUUUUUUUUGAGCUGCCUAGUUUUCAUGCUGUAUAUCUUAUCUUUACUGAUUAGUUGCCUAAUUUUUGUCUCUUUUUCUCUUCUAGAUGUAUUGUCCUCCUUUGCUGUUGUAAACUUUUCUUUGUUGUAUCAUCUAUCCUGGCAAUAAACAGAAUUUGUGUGA